GGAGGAACCGGCGACCGUUGCUUCGUCCGUGAUCAGCUCGGGACGAAGCGCAGGUUUGGUGCUAACCCCCUGGAAUCAUGGGGUCCGAGAACCCAAAUCCCCAAAACCCUAGCUGUAAGAUCAUGACGUUUCGGCCGACCUUCGAAGAAUUUCGGGACUUUGGAAAAUAUAUUGCCUACAUCGAAUCUCAAGGAGCUCACCGAGCAGGACUUGCCAAGGUGAUCCCCCCCAAGGAAUGGAAGCCCCGGAAGACCUACGAUGACAUAGAUGACAUGGUGGUCCCUGCACCCAUUCAGCAAGUGGUGACGGGGCAGUCAGGCUUAUUUACCCAGUACAACAUCCAGAAGAAGCCCAUGACGGUGGGGGAGUACCGGCGCCUGGCCAACAGCGAGAAGUACUGUACUCCUCGCCACCAGGACUUUGAAGACCUGGAGCGAAAAUACUGGAAGAAUCUGACUUUCGUAUCUCCGAUUUAUGGAGCAGAUAUCAGCGGCUCCUUAUACGAUGCAGACGUGGACGAGUGGAAUAUCGGGAACUUGAACACGUUGUUGGACAUGGUGGAACAUGAAUGUGGGAUUAUCAUAGAAGGUGUGAACACUCCAUAUUUGUACUUUGGGAUGUGGAAGACCACAUUUGCUUGGCAUACCGAGGAUAUGGACCUCUACAGUAUCAACUAUCUUCAUUUUGGGGAACCCAAAUCCUGGUACGCCAUCCCCCCAGAACAUGGCAAGCGGCUGGAGAGGCUGGCUAAAGGGUUUUUCCCAGGAAGCUCUCAGGGUUGUGAUGCGUUUCUCCGUCACAAGAUGACGCUCAUUUCUCCCUCCAUCUUGAAGAAAUACAGCAUCCCCUUCGACCGGAUCACCCAGGAGGCUGGAGAGUUCAUGAUCACAUUUCCCUAUGGCUACCAUGCUGGAUUCAACCACGGCUUCAACUGUGCCGAGUCGACGAACUUUGCCACCCUGCGGUGGAUCGAUUACGGCAAAAUGGCUACACAGUGCACCUGCCGGAAGGAUAUGGUGAAGAUCUCGAUGGAUGUAUUUGUGAGGGUGCUGCAGCCGGAGCGCUACGAAUUAUGGAAACAAGGAAAAGAUAUCACUGUCUUGGACCACAUGAAACCCACAGCCCUGACCAGCCCGGAGCUGGCUGCCUGGAAUGACACCAAAGCAGCGCUGAAAGCCAAACUCCUCCGCAGGUCCCACCGGAAAAGGAGCCAGCCAAGGAGGCACAAGACGGAAGACCAGAAGUCACUGAGGGAGGUCAUCGUGACAGAGACGGUCCCGGAGGAGGACAAGGGGGAGGAGGAGGAAACCAAGCAGGGGCCGCCCCCGGAGGAGGAAGAGGAGCGGCGAAAAGUGGUGGAGGGUGGUGAAGGGGACGCCCAGACCAAGACUCGUCCCUCCAAAACCAAGAGUGACAAAAAGAAGAGGCAACACCACCAUCACCAGCAGCAGCAGCAUCACCCCCCUGAGCCACUGCCUCCACGCCCGGAGGAGGAGACCCCUCCACUAGCACCCCCGACUCUUGAUCCCCCCUUGCUGGCUCCAGCCACCACCACCUCGGCCGGGGAUCUCCCCUCGGCCCCCCUCAAUGUGGUCCUCCCUUCUGAGGGGCCGAGCGAAGAGGAUGACUUCAAGCCUCGCCCCAUCAUUCCCAUGCUCUACGUGGUUCCCCAGUCCAAGAAAGUGGUCUUUGAUAAAGAGCGCAUGUCUUGCCAGCAGGCAUUUGAGCAGUUUGCCACGCAGAAGGGCCCGGCGUGGAGAGAGCAGGCUGCCCUUGGGGAGCUUGCCGGGAAGGGGGAUGAGAACGGAGAGGCCGAGAACGCAGAGAUCAGCCCCGAAGCCAGGGAGGAGCAGGCUUCUGCCACGUUCUCCAAAUUGAAGAUGGAGAUCAAGAAGAGUCGGCGCCACCCGCUCGGUAAACCACCGACCCGAUCCCCACUGUCAGUCGUCAAACAGGACACCUCGAGUGAUGACGAAGCGUUUCCUUUCUCCGGGGAGGAAGAUGUGAGUGAUCCGGAGGCCUUGAAGUCUUUGCUUUCCCUCCAGUGGAAGAACAAAGUGCACAACUUCCAGGCGGAGAGGAAAUUCAAUGCAGCUGCCGCCCUGACUGAGCCAUAUUGUGCCGUCUGCACUCUCUUCUGCCCAUACAACCAGCCCUCCCAGGCAGACAAAGAGGGGUCCCAAGCUUCCGCUGCAGAGGGCUCCUCCUUACUCCAGCUCUCCAAGUGUGGCCAGAAGACCAAGCCCCUGAUCCCUGAGAUGUGCUUUACCUCAAGUGGCGAAAACAUAGAGCCUCUUCCUGCCAACUCGUACAUCGGUGAAGAUGGAACGAGUUUCCUGAUUUCCUGCUCCAAGUGCUACCUGCAGGUCCAUGCCAGUUGUUACGGAAUCCGCCCUGACCUGGUCAAUGAAGGUUGGACCUGUUCCCGGUGCACAACCAACUCCUGGACAGCGGAAUGCUGCUUGUGUAAUCUCAGGGGAGGAGCACUUCACCGGACGACUGACAGGAGGUGGAUCCAUGUGAUAUGCGCGAUAGCUGUCCCAGAAGUCCGUUUUCUUAACGUGCUCGAGCGUCAUCCCGUGGACAUUAGUGGAAUUCCAGAGCAACGGUGGAAAUUGAAGUGUGUGUACUGUAGAAAGCGGAUGAAGAAGGUGUCAGGGGCCUGCAUCCAGUGCUCCUAUGAGCACUGCUCCACCUCCUUCCAUGUGACCUGUGCCCACACCGCAGGCGUGCUCAUGGAGCCCGAUGACUGGCCCUAUGCGGUGUCCAUCACCUGCUCCAAGCACAAAGCUGCCAGCCCCAGCGGCCAGCUUCUGAGGGAGGUGACCCUGGGCCAGACAGUCAUCACAAAGAACCGCAACGGGCUCUACUAUCGGUGUCAAGUGAUCGGCAUGACUACCCAGACCUUCUACGAGGUCAACUUCGACGACGGUUCCUACAGCGACAACUUGUAUCCCGAGAGCAUUAUUAGCCGAGACUGUAUCCAGCUGGGACCCCCCUCCGAGGGGGAGGUGGUUCAGCUCCAGUGGACUGAUGGCAACGUUUAUAAGGCUAAGUUCAUUUCAGCCCAGAUCAGCCACAUUUAUCAGGUGGAAUUUGAGGACAGCUCCCAGCUCCUGGUGAAGCGCAGCGAUAUCUACACCUUGGAGGAGGAGCUUCCCAAGAGAGUAAAAUCCCGGCUGUCUGUCACUACCGGGGCCCCUCCAGAAGAUGCAUCCACAGGAGACGAGGCCAAGGCAGCCAAGCGUCCACGGGUGGGCAGUUCCCGGAAUCCGGAGGACUACGGACAAGGCCACAAUUACCUGGCCUUCAUGGAGUCGCUCUUGCAGUCCCAGUACCAACCUGGGACCCAGAGCAACCUGUUUUAACAGGGGUGGGGUUUUAAACCCACCUCCUGCCGCCACCCCACCACACCCCACCAUCUCCACACUCCCCAAGGAAACCAUGGAGCCAAGUGGAAAUCCCCUGCUCCCCACCCUGCCCUCCCCUGUGCAAUAACUUGCUGUGAAUUCCUCUUAUCUACCCUUGGUGUCGGCUGUCCAAAAGACUGGACAGGCUCCAGGCUGCCUCAGUUUCUGGGGGUCACCCCUGCUGCUUUCCCAGGGAAGGAAAGCAUCUCCCCAGCUCUUCCACCCCCCACCCCCUCACCCUCCCCAAAUCCCUAGUACCGCACAGCUCAGGUGCUGGGAAGGGGUUUGGCUUCCCCUUUCUGGGCCAGGGAAAGAGGGGGCUUCCCUAUUGGUGAAAGCAAACUUGACUCUCAAUUUUUAAACCAUCUUGGAACAAGGUGCUAUUUCCCCAACAUCUCGAGCAGCGAUUCUGUACAGAAACCACCUUUAUUAAAUUCUUUCUAUAAACACACGUCACUAAAAAACAAAACGGAGGAAGACAAACAAGGAAGGAUGUCCCCCAAACUGGCUUUAUAAAGCAGUGGCUUUAACAAAAACACGAGAGCCUCAGCCCGCAUUUUCUUCCCGGGUUGGAUAACUGGUCGGGGUCCCACCGAAUGGAGGGAGAGAAGACAGCUCGUUGGAUUCUUUUGUUGCCAUUUUUGACUAUUAUUUGUCUAUGUCAGGCAGGGCCGCGUAAACUGCCAUGUCUUGGCACGAAAGACGUGUCUUGGCAUGGAAGGUCUGUCUCUGUCAGGGGCCACCCAUAUCACUUGAGGGGCUGAGGGGGAGAUGAGCAAACAGGAGGGUAAACAUGGGGGCCCCCUCAUACGGAGAGGAAGUAAGAUUGUCCCAACCUAUGCUUCCCCAGCCACCACCAUCCCUUUGCCAUCCCUUCCCUCUCCCCCACCCUCGCAUGGCUUUCAGCUGGGCUCUCUGAUUUCGUGUUAGCCCUGCAGUCCUUUCUCCGUAGAGGAGGGAUUGGGGCAGGGGGUGGGCUCUUCUAUUGCUCUUUUCUGUGUGCACUGCCAGCCCCACCCACCUCCCCCCACCCCGUAAAGCAGAUUGCCAGGCAGUGCCCUGGCUCCUUCUUCUUCUCCC